UCUCACUUCCACUCUCCUGCUUUCAGCAAGAGAAACCCUGUAUAUGUGGGGAGGCAAAAAAUAAAAUAAAAUGAGAGGGCAAUCGAUUCUCCGUCCAUUUCUUCUCCGUCAAGCGUACAACGUCCACUCUAUUUCGUCUUCUUCUUCUCAGAUUCCUCUUACUCAGAGUAGCUUAAACUCAGCCUCUGAGAAAAGCCCUUCAAUCCCCAAAACCCCAUUCUCUGUUUGGAGCCCCCGAAAUCCUAGUCUCUCCCGACCUUUCUUGGACAUUUCUCCGGAUUUUUUCAAACCAUUUUUCCUCGAAGACGUGCCGGUUCCAGAGAAUGUUGUCUCUGUUAAGACGGAAGAAGAGGUCGAUGCCGCUGUUACCAGAAUUGAAAGCGAAUCCGUGCCGGCUGUUCUCUAUUUCACUGCUGCAUGGUGUGCUCCUUGCCGAUUCAUAGGUCCUGUCAUGGAAGAGUUGGCUCGGAGAACUCCUGAAGUAACAAUUUAUAAGAUAGAUAUCGAUGAGAAAAUCCUUUCUCGCAAACGGGAAGAACUAAAUGUUAAAUCUGUGCCAACUAUUCGUUACUUUAAAGAAGGCAAAAACGAGGAUGAAGUUGUUGGUGCUGAUACUUCACGCAUAGUCCGUACAAUGCAGAGACUUUAUAACAUGAUUGAUCCAAAGAAGGAUGAUGAUUUAAAAGAUGUAAAUGAAUCAUUCAAAGAAGAGGUAAAUGAAAAGGUGAUGCCUGAUGAAGACGACAAAGCCUUUUCUCAAGCAGUGGAGAAAUUUUGUAAAAUGAUUGAAUCGAUUGAUCCAAAGAGUGGUGGUGAGUCAAAAGAAAAGGUAAAUUAAAAGGAGAUGCCUGAUGAUGAGUUCCCAGCCUUUUCUCAAGCAAUCCAAAAGGGGAAUAAAGGGUGUUAGGAUUUCCUUAUGUUGAAUGAUUGUUAGAUUUUAUUUUGAAGAGUAGGCUCGUAACUGAGUUUACCGGUCAAGCACGGAACUUGGUCGAGUAGAAUUGUAAGGUGAGAUACAUAGUUAUGAUAUUUUUAUGGUACGUGCAGUUUGAUUUGUUAAUAUCUUU